GAGGAUCAAACCGGAAGUCUGGAGAGUUAUGAAUGUCAAACAGGAGCAUGCUGCCUGUGUUCGUUAGAAAACCACAGUAAAAAUGUUUGCUCCUAGCGUUUUUUGGCUCGCAGCCCAUUCUAAGGGGAUCGCACGAAAAGGCACUACGCUUCUGAGUAGAACAAACGCGUUACACUUAACGCAGUCCUGUGGAUAUGCCAAGAAAGUCGCGGCUAAAGGCAAAGGCAAAGGUAUGGCCAAGGAGGACCUGAAGGGUCCAGAGGUGUGCAGAGACCCGCUCAGACUGACGUCAUAUGCAGUUGGAGCCAACAUCCUCAAGCAAGGAGAAGAUCCCAAACUAAAACCUGCAGAGGAAUACCCCGAGUGGUUGUUCCAGUUGAACUUGGGAGACGUCAAAAGGCUCCACGAACUGGAACCAGACAGCUGGGAUUAUUGGAGUCGCCUACGGAAAGAAAACAUUUGGCGUUACAACAAGCUGCAUAAAGGGAAGAGCUUUUAGCUCAGAGCCUGAAUGACUGAAAAUAAUAAAGGCUUCAUGAAAAAUGUCUGUUUUUAAGUCUGGGGACGGAUGCAACAAACUUUACUGCCAAUGACACAUUUGUGUUUCAGGUUCUGACUUUUUGGUUCCUGUUUUUGUCCUCCAUAAUGUUUGUGAGGUGAUCAAUCCAAAUUUUAAGAAAUAAAGAGAAUUAAAUACAUGAU